AUGAGCUUUAUUAAGCAAGUUCCUUUUGGUCGUACAGGUAUCAAAGUUUCACCAAUUAUUGUUGGAUGUAUGUCCUAUGGUUCAAAAAAAUAUCUUCCAUGGUGUCUUGAAGAUGAAGAUAAGAUUUUUGAAAUUUUAAAAUAUUGUUAUGAUCAUGGUAUUAGGACAUUUGAUACAGCCAAUUGUUAUUCUAACGGUAAAAGUGAAAGAAUUUUAGGUAAAUUUUUAAGGAAAUAUAAUAUUAAAAGGGAAACUGUGGUAAUAAUGACAAAAGUGUUUUUCCCUGUAGAUGAAAAUCUCGAACCUUUUAACCUUAUUGAUGAUAUAUCUGAUACACUUGUCGGGGUACAAGUGGCAAAUCAAAGAGGGUUAUCAAGAAAACAUAUUUUUGACAGUGUCAAGGCUUCAAUGGAAAGAUUGGGUACAUACAUAGAUGUCCUUCAAAUCCAUAGACUGGACCACGACACACCAUACAGAGAUAUUAUGAAAGCUCUGAAUGAUGUUGUUGAGGCAGGAUAUACACGUUACAUUGGUGCAUCGACCAUGAGAGCUACUGAAUUUGUUGAGUUACAAAUGUUAGCCGAUAAAUAUAACUGGUUCCAAUUUGCUAAUUUACAGACAGCUUAUAAUUUGUUAUACAGAGAAGAUGAAAGAGAAUUUGUUCCUUUUGUCAAAAAGCAUGGUAUUGCAAUGACACCAUGGUCUCCUAAUGCUAGAGGUUUAUUAACUAGGCCUGUUAAAGAGAUUAUAACAGAUAGAUACAAGUUAGAUAAAAAGAUUUUUCCUGUUGAUGAAGUCAAUAUAGAGAUUAUUAAAAGAGUCGAAGAAGUAGCUAAAAAACAUGAUGCUUCCAUGGCAAUGGUUUCACUAUCCUGGCUUUUAGGAAAAGGAUGCUAUCCCAUUGUAGGUUUAAAUUCUAUUGAAAGAGUAAGGGAAGCUAUUAAAGCUACUAAUUUACAAUUAACAGAAGAAGAAGUUAAAUAUUUGGAAGAACCAUAUCGUCCAAGAAAUAUUUUCUUUUUCUAA